AUGCAUGAAGAGAUGGAAAUGAAGAGCGGGAGCGCUGUGCAAUCAAUGCCAGUGGGCUAUGAGAGCUCUACAUUGCGCGAGAAACAACAGCUGGAACGAUAUCUCAACUUCUUCUCGUCACUCGCAUUUUCCGCUUGUCUGCUGGCCACAUGGGAGGGUGCCGGUGGUAGUUUGCUCGCGGGACUAUACAAUGGCGGUCCUGCAGUGAUUGUUUAUGGAAUUAUCCUAAGCACCGUGGGUAAUCUGGCUAUUGCAUGCUCUUUGGCCGAGCUUGCCUCUCUACACCCAACUGCAGGUGCUCAAUAUCACUGGAGCUAUUUCCUCGCGCCUCGUGGUCGUCGAUUCCUCAGCUUCUUCCAGGGUUGGAUCACCGUCUUUUCCUGGUCCGCUCUCGUCUGCAUCGCACCAUACUUCAUCGGAACCCAAAUCCAGGGCUUGGUUGUCCUGGCAAACCCUGAGUAUGAACUUGUGAGGUGGCGCGGCACCCUGCUCAUGUGGGCAGUUGCAAUCAUCCCGAUUAUCAUCAAUAUCUUUGCGCGCCGCGUUAUGGGAGGCAUUGAAGUUGCUGCGGGUAUUAUGCAUGUCGUCUUCCUACCCGUCACCAUCGCAGUCCUUGUUAUCCUCGCCCCCCGAAACCCUGAUUCAUUUGUCUGGGACACUUUUGUCAGCGGCCUGAGUGGCUGGAAAGAUUCCGGAGUUACAUUUUCCAUCGGUCUUCUUGGUGUCAUUACUCCCCUAGCUGGCGUCGACGGCGUAAUCCACAUGGCCGAAGAAGUCAAAAACGCCAAAAUCGUCGUCCCCCGCUCCAUGAUCUACGGCACCAUCAUCAACGGAACCCUCACCUUCGGCUACCUAAUCGCCAUCAUGUACUGCAUGGGCGACUACACCGAAGCCGUCAUGAGCCCAACGGGCUACCCCAUCAUCACAAUCGCCUACCAAGCAACCGGAUCCAAGGCAGCCACCUUCGUCCUCAUGGCCAUGGGCAUGCUCCCCGGCUGGAUCGCGCUCUUCAACGGCCUCGCCUCCGUCACCCGUCUCACCUGGGCCUUCGCUCGCGACAACGGACUCCCCUUCUCCGACUUCUUCGCCGUCGUCGACCCAACCUACAAGGUUCCCCUCCGUGCUCUAUUCCUAGUUGCAUCAUGCAUCUUCGCGCUCUCAUUCAUCCAGAUCGGCUCCACGGCUGCCUUCAACGCCAUUCUCUCACUCAGCACCCUCGGCCUCUACAUUUCCUAUCUUAUCCCUCUCUCGCUCCUUAUAUACAAGCGCUUCGCAGCCCCUCAGGAUAUCCCACGCGGAACAUUCAGCCUUGGCAAAUUCGGCCUCCCCUUGAAUAUUCUUGCCAUUCUCUUCGCCACCUAUUUCGUUAUCUUCCUUCCCUUCCCCGCAACAUUGCCAGUGACCGCAGAGAACAUGAACUACGCCGGGCCAGUGCUUGGAUUUGUGAUGCUCUUCGCCUGUGGAGACUGGAUUGUUCGCGGACGGCAUAAGUGGCAAGGCCCCACAAUGCGGUCUUUCACUCGCGACGACUGA